AUGAAUUUAAGAGGAAGACAAGUGGAGAUAGCUGAUCCAUUGUGCCCAUUCUACAACAAUUUGGAUGAAGAUGCAGCGCACCUUUUCUUCAACUGUAGCAAGAUAGAGUACUUGGGACAUAUAGUUUCAGGUGAAGGAGUUGCUAUGGAUGCUACUAAGGUUCAGGCAGUUCUAGAGUGGCCUACACCACUCAAUAUCAAGCAGCUAAGAGGUUUCUUAGGCCUCACUGGUUACUAUCAAAGGUUUAUCAAAGGAUAUGCAAAGCUUGCUGCACCAUUGACAGAUUUACUUAAAAAAGAAGCAUUCAAGUGGACAUUAGAGGCAAAGACAACAUUUGUUCAAUUGUAG